GUGUAUCUUUUGGUGUGUUUCUCAGUAGAAGCAGGGACGAAUUUUGUAGCGGGCCAUGGUGAUUCUGAUGCUCCUAGGAAUUUGUUUUCCCUGCUAACCACAAGUGGAUUUGCGGUGAACCUUAAAUGGAGAAAGAACCUUUACUUCCAUAUGUAAAAAAACCAAAACCACUGCAGCUCUCCUCAACUCCUCCUCUCUGUCCUCUCCCUGAAGAAGGAGAAUUAACACUUCCCUUAACUCCAGCAGAGCUUAAAGAUCGAAUCAUCUUUGGUCCUUCUUCAUCUCCUUCCACCGAGCCCUCUUCAGUCCUCACCGAUGCCCUAGCCCUUGCCAUCAAUUCUCCUCGCACAUUUCCUUCUUCAGAUACCCGGCAAGAGCAACAGUCAUGGCUCACAGAACCCAAUCACCACUGGACCAAAACAAAUCUUCAUCGCUCAAAAACAGCUCCUGCAAUGGCCACUAUCAACGACAUCGACCACCCUUCAAUCCCUAAACCCAAUUUUGCCUCUGGUUCAAUCGUUCGCCAGGCUUUUGUCCUUCUUGUUAUCUAUCUCUCGCUUGGGGUCCUCAUCUAUUCCUUCAAUCGCAAGAAUUUCACAGCUACUGAAACGCAUCCCGUCGUCGAUGCUCUUUACUUUUGUAUCGUCACCAUGUGCACAAUUGGAUAUGGUGAUAUCACCCCAAACUCCACCGCUACGAAGUUAUUCUCGAUUUUGUUCGUUUUGGUUGGGUUUGGGUUCAUUGAUAUCUUGCUUUCGGGGAUGGUGAGUUUCGUGCUUGAUUUGCAGGAGAGUUUGCUUUUGAGUACUGUUGAGGGUAGGGAAGGGCAGGAUGCGAGGUCCUAUAUUGUUGAUGUGAAGAAGGGGAGGAUGAGGAUUCGAAUGAAGGUGGCAUUGGCUUUGGGGGUUGUGAUUCUCUGUAUUGGUAUUGGAACUGGUGUUAUGCAUUUUGUGGAGAAGCUUGGGUGGUUGGAUUCGUUUUAUCUCUCGGUUAUGUCUGUUACUACUGUUGGAUAUGGGGACCAGGCUUUUAACUCCUUGCCUGGUCGUUUGUUUGCCUCAAUUUGGCUUCUGGUCUCUACGUUGGCUGUUGCUCGAGCCUUCCUUUAUCUGGCUGAGGCUCGGAUUGAUAAGCGGCAUAGGAUGAUGGCGAAGUGGGUGCUUUGUCAGGAUAUGACCGUCUCUCAGUUUCUCGCUGCGGAUAUUGACAAUAAUGGCUUCGUGAGUAAAUCAGAGUAUGUCAUAUACAAGCUUAAGGAGAUGGGAAAGGUAUCAGAGAAAGACAUUCUACAGAUCUGCAACCAAUUUGAGAGGCUGGACACAGGCAAUUUUGGGAAAAUUACUCUUGCUGAUCUCAUGGAAAAUCAUCAAUGAUUCAUCGCAGGGUGGGUUCGGUUCCUCUGAUGGAACAAAAGGGUGACCCAAGUGGGAUAAAAAAUGCCAAAACCAUUCAGCUCUAGGUUUUUGGAUAGAGAAGAGAUUCCAUUUUGUAUUAAGCUAUAGUUCUCAGAAGAAAGGUUCUAUUUUUAGUUUGUCUUUGUAGGUUCGGGCAUGUAUCUCACAUGCAUACUGUAUAUGGUGUUUAUACAUAUCAUGACGUGAAAGGUGUUGCUUAAUUUGUAUAGUAGAAAUUAUAAAGUUUAAUGCUAUUAUUAUAGCUCAUCUAAGUUGAAAUUA